UCUUGAUGGCUCUUUCUUCUUCCUCUUCAUGCAAUUGGGUAUACGAUGUUUUCCCUAGCUUCAGUGGGGAAGACGUCCGCGUUACUUUCCUCAGCCAUUUUCUUAAAGAACUUGAUCGGAAAUUAAUCAUUGCUUUCAAAGACAGCGAGAUCGAGAGAAGCCAGUCGCUGGAUCCUGAGCUUAAACAAGCGAUCAGGACUUCAAAGAUCGCGGUGGUUGUGUUUUCAGACAAGUACGCAUCAUCAAGCUGGUGCCUGGAUGAGUUGCUGGAGAUCGUGAAAUGUAAGGAAGAAUUGGGUCAAAUGGUUAUACCGGUUUUCUACGGUUUAGAUCCAUCUCAUGUCAGGAAACAAACCGGUAAAUUCGGAGAGGCUUUUGCAAAUACUUGUCAGAGAAAAACAGAGGAUGAAACAAAACUUUGGCGGCAAUCGUUGACCGAUGUAGCAAACGUCCUUGGAUAUCAUUCUCGAAACUGGCCUAGUGAAGCAGAAAUGAUUGAAGCAAUUGCCAAUAAUGUCUUGGGGAAAUUGAGUUUCUCUCCAUCAAAAGAUUUUGAGGACUUUGUUGGAAUGGAAGAUCAUAUUGCAAAGAUGAGUGUACUAUUGCAUUUGGAAUCUGAGGAAGUGCGGAUGGUUGGGAUAUGGGGCUCCUCAGGAAUUGGCAAGACUUCCAUUGCAAGAGCUUUGUAUAAUCAACUCUCUCGUCGGUUCCAAGGAAGUGUUUUCAUAGACAGAGCAUUUGUAUCUAAGAAUACGAGUAUGUAUGAUAGUGCCAACCCGGACGAUUAUAAUAUGAAGCUGUAUUUGGUAAGCAGUUUCUUGUCUAAAAUUUUAGACAUAAAGGACAUAAGGAUAAGUCAUUUAGGUGCAAUGGGAGAGAUGCUAAAUAACCGGAAAGUGCUUAUCUUUAUUGAUGAUAUAGAUGAUCAAAUGGUGCUAGAUACUUUAGCUGGUCAAACUCAGUGGUUUGGACGUGGGAGCAGAAUAAUUGUGAUUACAAAAGAUAAACAAUUUUUAAGGGGCCAUAAGAUUAAUCAUAUUUAUGAAGUCUGUCUCCCAUCUAAGGAGCUUGCGCUUAAGAUAUUCUGUAGAUCUGCUUUUGGAAAAACCUCUCCACCUGAUGGUUUGAUGGAGCUUGCUUCUGAAAUUGCAUUGUGUGCAGGUAAUCUUCCUUUGGGUCUUAAGGUUUUGGGAUCGUAUUUACGGGGUAGAGACGAAGAGGACUUGAUUGAUAUGCUGCCAAGACUUCAAAAUGGUCUGGAUGGUAAAAUUGAGAAGACACUACGGGUCAGCUACAACGGAUUAGAUAACCAAAAAGAUAAAGCGAUAUUUCGUCACAUUGCAUGUCUUUUCAAUGGUGAAAAUGUCAAUAACAUCAAAAUGCUACUAGUAGGCAGUGGCUUGGAUGUUGAUAUCGGGUUGAAAAACCUUGUCGAUAAGUCUCUCAUACAAGUACGAGACGAAACUGUUGAGAUGCACUCUUUACUACAAGAAAUGGGUAAGGAGAUCGUCCGUGCACAGUCUAAUGAGCCUGGAGAACGAGAAUUCCUUAUGGAUGCAAAAGAUAUAUGUGAUUUACUUGAAGAUAACACUGGUACCAAAAAAGUUUUAGGUAUAACAUUGGAUAUGGAUGAGAUUGAUGAAUUGCAUAUACAUGAGAAUGCCUUCAAAGGCAUGCGCAAUCUUCUUUUUCUAAAAGUUUAUACCAAGAAAUGGGAUAAGAAGACAGAGGUGAAAUGGCACUUACCGGAAGGCUUUAACUACUUGCCCCACAAACUUAGACUAUUAAGGUUGGAUGGAUAUCCUAUGAGAUAUAUGCCUUCUAAGUUUCAGACCGAAAAUCUCGUUAAGCUGCAAAUGUCGGGGAGCAAACUCGAGAGGUUAUGGGAUGGAAUUCAUUCACUUGGAGGGCUCAAGGUCUUAGAUUUGCAGGGAUCUAUAAGUCUAAAAGAAAUACCAAAUCUUUCUAUGGCCACCAAUCUCGAGAAACUUGAUCUAUGUGGUUGCUCAAGUUUGGUGGAGCUUCCUUCUUCAGUUAUGCAUCUUAAUAAAUUAGAGAGAUUGGAGAUGGGAAAUUGUGAAAAUCUGGAGACUCUUCCAACAGGAAUCAACCUUCAAUCUCUUUUUAGGCUUGACCUCAGUGGAUGCUCCAGAUUGAAAAUUUUUCCUGAUAUCUCAACCAACAUCUCAUGGCUCUUAUUAAGUGAGACAGAGAUUGAGACAAUCCCCUCUGACUUGCGUUUAGAGAAGCUUCAUCAUCUUAGCAUGCGUAAAAUGAAGAGUUCGAAAAUAUUCGGAAGAAUUCAGCCACUUGCACCUCUCAUGAUCAUGAUGCCUCACUCUUUAGUGUGUCUGCAUCUUGAGGGUAUCCAAAGUUUGGUGGAGCUUCCUGCCUCUAUUCAUAAUUUCACUAAACUUGGACGUUUGGGAGUUAGAAAUUGCAUAUAUCUGGAGACUCUCCCCACUUGCAUCAACUUCCCAUUUCUUUUUGAACUUGAUCUCAGUGGAUGCUCACGGUUGAGGACUUUUCCUGAUUUCUCAACCAACAUCAACGAUCUCUAUCUAGAGAGAACAGGGAUUGAAGAGGUUCCUUGGUGGAUUGAGAAAUUCUCUAAGCUCGAACGGCUAUGGAUGAGUGGAUGCAAGAAACUAAAAUGUGUAUCCCUACACAUUUCUAAACUAAAUCUUCUUAAUUCAGUUGAAUUCCCGGACUGCGGGGCGCUGUCUGAAGCUACCUGGAAUGAUAGCUCAACAAUGUCAGCAGACAAUAUUCACUUUCCUUUUCCGGACAAUUUAAUCAACUGCUUCAACUUCCACGUGGAUCAAGAACUUACCUUUGAUCAUCCAAAUCGUCACAAGUUCCUGAUAUUGUCAGGUGAAGAAGUGCCGUCCUAUUUCACUUACCGCACUACUGGGACAUCCUUCACCAAUAUCCCUCUGCUUCACUCCUCUCCCUCUCAUCCCUUCUUCAGGUUCAAGGUUUGCGCCGUAGUUGAUCUCAAAACUUCUCUGUGCCAUGAUUGUUUUACAAUUGGCAUCCAUAUAUCUUGUCGGUUCAAAGGUAGACUUGAGAACCAUUCUCCUUUCCCUUAUCAAGUUAAGUUAUAUAGACGUCACAAGUGUAUCCACCUUGUUAUAUUCGAGUGCUCUUUCCCUCUAAACGAAGACAAUGCUUCCCUACCUGAAGUGAGCUACGACCACGUUGAUGUAGAGUUUCUUUUUAGUAACUGGGAUGACUCAACGUCCGAGUUAAUAGAAUGGGGUAUACGACUCUCUGAUGAUUCUUCGUCGCUAGAGAACCGACUUAGUGAUGGAACUACUCUUCCAGAUGUUUGUGAAGCUGAUGAAGACAAUAUGAUGAUUAAUGAGACUGAACAUAGCGAAGAAUCUGGAGACAAUUAUGAAGAAACAGAGAGAAGCAAGAAGCGUGUCCGGAUUACUGAGGAAGAACAUGGGAUGUCCCUUUAAUUAAGGUAUACCAUCAAGUUAUAUAUUGUUUUAUUAUUGAAAUUGUGACGCUGUGUGUAAAAAUUCUCAACCUACUCUCUCAACAGUUCGUAAAAUCAAAGGCUUGUGCAGUGGUUUAAGCUGAAUCUAUCUCCAUAGAUUAUAUAAUUUAUUCAGUAUCCAUAUAUGUUGUCAGUUCAUAAACAGACUCGGAAACCAUUUUGACUCCGAUGAUUCGUCAGAGUACUUCACGAAAGUGUAGUCAACUACUUGUAUUUGAUUGGUGAGCUUGUAAAUUAUGUAUCGUUUAGA